CUUUUUUUUCUUUUCUUAUUUCAGCGUCGAAACCGAACACAAAAGCAACACACCCCUUCUCUCACGCACCCACGCACCCACUACACAACGCAAAAGCGGCGAAUGUCGGAAGGUCAUGAAGUUUGGCAAACAGUUAGAGAACGAAGCGGAAGAUAUUCCUUCGGAAUGGCGGCCGUAUCUGAUCCGAUAUAAGGCGCUUAAAAAGUUGAUCGCCAAGGUUGCCUUGGAGAUCGAACGACGUGGUUUAUCUGCAACGUUCUUGCGCGAAUGCUUGAAGAACAACAACCUUCAAGACGACAGUGGCCCCAAGAUUCGGUACUAUUUUGCAGGCGAACCGCCUAAUGUGCACCCGUGCAUUCAGUUCAUUUAUGAUCCCGGUCAAUCCCGAAUCGAUGAAUUGCUGAAUCGCGUAGUCGCCAGUAAUUCGACGCAGGACUCCAUUGUAUCCGACACGAAGCCGAAGUUGCAUUAUAGGCGUACAGAAAACGAUACCGACUUUUUUACCCUGAUCCGAAAUGCUGAUACGGCUCCUGUUGCCUCCUUCACAGCCGACAGAGGGCAUCCCACUAGCGAUGCCGAAAGCGUCCAGUCAGACGAUUCCGAUUCCUCCUCCAUCGAACAGCGACGGCGAAGCGAUGCAGCACUUCUCUUUCGUGAAUUGAUGGACAGCACUUUACCGAAGGAUCGGAUUACAGAAUUGACAACCGACGGCGAGCUUGAAAUCGUAUCAUCACCACCGGAUCAAGAAAAGAAAGGAGAGAACGAUAGCAACGAUCGCGAUGAAAACGACUACUCUUCUUUGACACCAAAGAAGGCAAUGCGCAGUUUAGUCAUUGAGCUCGAGCGCGACGAUGAAUUUUUCACUGCGCUGAUGAAGGAAUUGGAUCAAGCAGCACUUCUCCAAGAUAUAAACAGUCAACAGUUCGAGCAUGACGUGAAUGAACUUGAGCGAAGGAUGGCAAAAACUGCGUCUCCAAGUCACAUAUCGGAUAUGUACGCAUGGCGUGCAAUCUUCAAUCUCUAUAUGGACGCACAGGUUUUCAGAGGCAAAGUAGAGAAAGAUCGAAGCAUACGAUCUGUACAGAAAUCCAAAGAUCAAAUGGAAUGGUUCACAGAGCAGUUGAAAACGCAAAAUAUCUUGUCACAACUCAAGAGCAAGGCAUCCAAGGAUACAUUUGAGCAGUUUAUCGCGCUAAAUACCGAAUUGAUCACCAUGAAGCAUUAUCAAUUACUAAAUCAGACCGCUGUUACCAAGAUUUUGAAGAAGCAUGACAAACGAAGUGGUCUUACUGCUAGCUCAAGUUUUCCGAUGGUCAUUCAAAAUAGUCAUUUUUUCAACGUCAAGUUGGCAGAUAUCCUUUGCGCCUCGCUUUUGAACAGGCUGAUAACCAUUAUACCACAACCGGAUGAUUAUUUAUGCCCGGUCUGCAUGAUGGUUGCAUGGAGGCCAAUUCGACUCGUGUGUGGGCAUGUAUUCUGCGUUCGCUGCUUGCUUAAAGCGCAGCGCAAGAAAAUGGCAAACUGCCCGCUGUGUCGGCACAAGAAUGCCGUUUUUGUUGCAAGCUCGAACAAUCUGGACAUGCCGAUGCAGAACUUUUUGAAGCAAUACUUCCCUAGAGAAAUCAAACAAAAGAAGCGAGACGCAGAACGUGAACAAGCCAUGGAGGAUGUACAAGUCAUGACUGGUCGCAAAUAUACCGAAGAACAAUUGAUGCGAAUGAGUCAACACGACCAGCAGUGUCAUAUUAUGUAAAUAGCAUUGAAAGCAAUAACUUUUUGUAAUUCCUAGAUCGAAUAACCCUUCCCUUUUUUUCAAUUUUAUCCUAUCCAUUUGUUUUUUGUAUCCCUGUAACAUUAUCCUUUCUCCGUAUUAACCUAUUGUACAAGUAUUCUAUUAUAAUCACUCAGUAAAAGUAUCAUUCAUUGCAUGUUGUACUACAUUAUCAAUGCUAUUUGCCCCAAGAAAAGCUAGAUGAUCAGCUGUAACAUAGUUUUGAACGGUACAUGAUUUAAUUUCGAAAGAGACUCUGUCGUCAAAAUCCAAGGAUGAGUAGUCCACGUAAGAUACAAC